UAUAAAAAGCACUAACUCCACUGUACAUGAUUGUGAAACCUAACAAAAACACUCUAAAAGGAAAAGACUACAAGAAUAAAUUACAUUACAACUCUUCAGCUAAUUCUUGUCUCUAGAUUUUCAGCUAUGGAAUCCUCAACCAAAAGCCAAAUACCAACACAAUCAGAAGAAGAACGUAACUGCACAUAUGCCAUGCAACUAUUGUCAUCUUCAGUACUUCCUUUUGUGUUACACUCAACAAUUCAAUUGGAAGUUUUUGAGAUAUUAGCCAAAGCUAAUGACACUAAACUUUCUGCUUCUCAAAUUGUUUCUCAAAUGCCAAACUGCAAGAACCCUGAUGCAGCUACUAUGUUAGAUAGGAUGCUUUAUGUCUUGGCUAGUUACUCGUUGUUCACUUGUUCCAUUGUUGAGGAUGAAGAAAAUGGUGGAUCGAAAAGAGUGUAUGGUUUGUCACAAGUAGGAAAAUUCUUUGUUAGAGAUGAAGAUGGUGCAUCAAUGGGGCCACUUUUGGCUUUGCUACAAGAUAAAGUAUUCAUUAAUAGCUGGUUUGAAUUAAAAGAUGCAGUUCUUGAAGGAGGAGUUCCAUUUGACAGGGUACACGGUGUACAUGCAUUUGAAUAUCCAAAAUCAGACCCCAAAUUUAAUGAUGUUUUCAACAAGGCAAUGAUCAAUCACACAACUGUAGUCAUAAAAAAAAUACUUGAAAAUUACAAAGGUUUUGACAACCUUAAAACUUUGGUUGAUGUUGGAGGUGGUCUUGGAGUCAACCUCAAGAUGAUUACAGCUAAAUACCCCACAAUUAAGGGCACUAAUUUUGAUUUGCCACAUGUUGUUCAACAUGCACCUUCCUAUCCUGGGGUGGAACAUGUCGGGGGAGAUAUGUUUGGAAGUGUUCCAGAAGGAGAUGCUAUUUUUAUGAAGUGGAUUCUUCAUGACUGGAGUGAUAGUCACAACCUCAAGUUGCUAAAGAACUGCUACAAGGCUCUACCAGACAAUGGAAAGGUAAUUGUUGUUGAGGCCAUUUUACCAGUGAAACCUGACACUGAUACCGCUGUGGUUGGCGUCUCGCAAUGUGAUUUGAUCAUGAUGGCUCAAAAUCCUGGAGGCAAAGAGAGAUCUGAACAAGAGUUUCGAGCCUUGGCUACUGAAGCCGGAUUCAAAGGCGUUAACUUAAUAUGUUGUGUCUGUAAUUUUUGGGUCAUGGAAUUCUGCAAGUAGAUCUCUACUGUGCGUUGAGUUUCUUCUACUCUGAUUAUCCAUUUAUGGCAUUCUGGUACAGCAAUUGCAGCUUAGUCCAGAUUGAACGUUGAUAUUCCUAAUAAAAUUUCUAUUAUGCCCUUGUUUGCAUGAAGUGAUGUCAUUUUGAGUAUUGAGAAACAUGUUCUCUAGGACAAAAAUUGUAACUUUGUCUAAUUUUAUAUUGAUAUUCCUAGUAAGAUUUAUAUGA